CGUGACUGUCUCUGCUUCAGUCAGAGAAAGUGAGAUUAGGAUUGAGCUUCAGCAUUUUAGUGUUUUGUAUUUUUUUUUUUUAUCGUGUCCUGUGGUUGACACAUAAACGAGAUACAAAAGGAAGUACUUGGCUUCAAGCUCCACAUUUUCUCUUUCGCACAUCGGUGGUCUCUUUUCUAGGGACUCUGCCUCAGUAUAUGCAAAGCAAAGAUGACUGAUUUGCACAUGUUUGGAAUCAAUGGAAAUAAUUCAGCCAAUAAUACUAUUUCACAGACUCUGCCUAAUAGCACACUGGAGAUGCUGCAAAGCAAAAUGCUGCAAACAGCUUUGCCAAUCCUAUACUUGUUGAUCUUCUGCAUCAGUGUACCAUUAAAUUUCUCGUCUUUGGUCAUGCUCUGGGGUAACAAGCCAUGGACACCAACAGUUGUAUUUCUGCUCAAUUUGGCCAUCACUGAUUUGAUUUAUGGAAUUACACUCCCCUUUCAGGUAAUUUAUCAUCUUCGAGGAAAUGACUGGCCAUUUGGAGAUACAUUUUGUUCUGUAGCAACCAUUUUGUUCUAUGGAAACAUGCAUUGUUCUAUACUGACAAUGUCAAGUAUUAGUGUGGAACGCUUCAUCGGAAUUGUACUUCCCUUGCGCUCUAAGAACUGCGUCACUGUCAGGAGGGCUCUGCUUACUUGUUUAUUGAUUUGGCCGCUUGUUCUGUUGGUAGAUUUACCACUUAUGAUUUCUAAACUGACAUUCCACGUACAAGAGCUACACAUAGUCACUUGCUUUGAUGUCUUACCGAAAAGACUGUUUUCCAGUCAAACUUAUUUUUCUUUGUACAUUUCAUGCCGCCUUAUAUUGUUUUUCUUUUUUCCAUUGGUUAUUAUGGGAAUAUGUUACCUGUCUAUAAUUAUAGCUCUUCUUCGGUCCGACACUAUCAAAGCAGAGACAAAGAGACAAACAAUUCAUAUUAUUGUGGUCUUGUUCACUGUGUUCUUGGUCUGCUACCUUCCAAAUAACAUACUGCUAAUCACUCAUUAUCAUUUCUAUUCAAAGGGGAAGCCGCUGUACAUAGAAUACAAGCUUUCUCUUGCCUUGACCAGUCUUAACUGUUGCUUGGACCCAGUGGUAUAUUUCUUUGGUUCUAAACAGUUUCGCCAAAAAGUACAGCAUAAGGCAGGCUGCUGCAAAUCUGACAAUAAUGCACAGGAAAAUACACGUACAUUGACCUACGAGUACAAAGCUCCUGUGUCAUCUUAUUAAAUGGAGUCCAUGCAUUUGAUGCAUUGAGACAGCUUUUGAAUAAAAACUAGUCUUAAUGCUAGGCAUUCUAGUGCAUGUGUGAAAGUCAGUGCCAAAGUGGUUUAAAAGGCAUUGAGUUAAUGAUGAAAGUUUAUAAACAAGCAUUUUCAACCUUGAUAUAAGCAGAGCUCUUGCUCUUAUUGUACUUGUAUGAUCACAUACCCCGUUGGGCCUUAAACCCAUAAGAAGCAUGUUUGCAAACACUGUGUAUACUGUACAGACUGUAAAUGAGACAAAGCUAAUAUUACAGUGGUUACUGUAUAUUUACCAUCUUCUAAGCACAGCAUAUACUCUAUUAACACCAGAUAAUAUAACCAGAAAAUCCUGGCAUGUUAAUGAAGCUUUUCUAUUAAAAUGUA